GACAAGGGUGUAUUUUAUCUCCCUAUUUGUUCAAUCUGUAUGCAGAACAUAUAAGAAAAGCUGUAGAAAAGCUGUACUACUGGCAGAAAGCGGAAAUAAAUUGAAACGACUUCUGAUGAAAGUUAUAGAAGAAAGUGCAAAAGCAGGAUUGAAAUUGAAUAUUAAGAAAAUAAAAAUCAUGCCCACAGAAAAAAUAGAUAAUUUUAUUGUUACCAGUGAAGAAAUUGAAAUUGUAAAGAUUUUACAUUUGAAACAUGGUGCCGGGGAAGAAUGUUGUUGAGAAGAAUGUUUACCUUUGCUGACAAAAAGACAAACAAGUGGGUCUUGGAUCUAAUCAAACUAGAGCUUUCCCUAGAAGCGAAAAUAAGAAAACUGAGGCUGUCAUACUUUGGGGGUAUUAUGAGAAGGGCAUUAUGGCACUCCCUGGAGAAGAUAAUCAUGCUAGGGAAAGUAGAAGGCAGAAAAAGAAAAGGAAGACCAAAUAUGAGAUGGAUUGACUCUAAGGAAAGCCACUACUUUAAAUUUUGAAUGGCUGAGCAGAGCUGUCAUAGAGUAUUUUGGAGAGCUUUCAUACAUAUGGUUACCAUAAGUUGGAGAUGCCUUGAUAGCACAUAACAACAAGGUAGCAUUCACUGCAAUGCCAAACCUGUGUUUCAUCCAUGCAGCACCCCAUCCCUAUGGCACAGUUCCUGUUUGAGAGUGACUUGCAUGGGCUGUUGAAGUUGGAUGCCCCUAUACCAAAUGCACCUCCUGCACGAUGGCAGCGCAAAGCCAGGGAGGCUGCUAUUGGCAGCACUGGAUCUGCCUCGGACACCACAGCUCCUUCACCUAUGAAGCCAGCUAACAGACCCCAUAGCACCAGCAAAACACCUUCUAAAACACCAGGCAAGUCAGGUUCCAAAGGACAAAACACUCCAAAUAAAACUGGAGGGGAUAGAUACAUUCCCAGUCGUAGUGCUAUGCAAAUGGAUGUGGCCAACUUCCUCCUGACCAAAGAUGAUGACUCUGAUGAGACACCCACCAAGAAGGAGCAUCAAAAGGCCUGGGCAAUGAACCUUAAUGGCUUUGAUGUAGAAGAGGCAAAAAUCCUGAGGCUGAGUGGGAAGCCCCAGAAUGCCCCUGAAGGAUACCAGAACAAUCUCAAAGUGCUUUACAGCCAGAAGAGCACACCAGGCUCCACUCGGAAGAAUGGUAGAUACAUAGCCUCCAUGUCAGACCGGAUUCUAGAUGCACCAGACAUUCGCAACGACUACUAUCUGAACCUCAUUGAUUGGAGCACCCUCAAUUUCUUGGCUGUGGCUUUGGAUAAAACAGUGUAUCUCUGGAACUAUGAUUCCCGAGAAAUAAUACAGCUUAUGCAGAUGGAGCACCCAGAUGACUAUAUUUCCUCUGUGUCUUGGAUCAAAGAGGGAAAUUACCUUGCUGUUGGCACAAGUAAUGCAGAGGUCCAGUUGUGGGACAUCCAGCAGAAGAAACGUCUACGAAACAUGGUCAGUCAGUCAUCCCGUGUGAGCUCCCUAAGCUGGAACAACUACAUCCUGUCCAGUGGGUCAAGAACUGGUCACAUCCAUCACCAUGAUGUUCGUGUGGCACAGCACCAUGUGGCAACACUUGCUGGCCAUACACAAGAAGUGUGUGGGCUCAAGUGGGCACCUGAUGGCCGUUACCUAGCCAGUGGGGGAAAUGACAACCUGGUAAAUAUAUGGUCAACUGUCCAAGGGGAAAAUGGAUCAGUUAAUCCUGUACAGACCUUCACACAACACCAGGGAGCUGUUAAGGCUGUGGCUUGGAGUCCAUGGCAGUCUAAUGUGCUGGCAACAGGAGGCGGAACAAGUGACCGACAUAUCAGGAUAUGGAAUGUGUGUUCCGGUGCCUGCCUUAACGCAGUGGAUGCACAGUCCCAGGUAUGUGCAGUACUUUGGUCCACAAACUACAAAGAACUUGUUUCUGGUCAUGGCUUUGCCCAAAAUCAGCUUGUGGUAUGGAAAUACCCAUCCAUGUCCAAGGUUACAGAACUCAAAGGUCAUACUGCUCGAGUGCUAAGCCUGACAAUGAGCCCAGAUGGGACUACAGUGGCAUCAGCAGCAGCAGACGAAACCUUGAGACUUUGGCGCUGCUUUGAGCUUGACCCAGCACGUAAGAAGGAGAAAGAAAGCAGUGCCAAGAGCAGCAUUAUCCACCAAGGCAUCCGCUGAGCCUGGCCCAGUCCUCUCCCAAUAUAUUGCUUUAUGUACAGAAUUUUAAACUAUUAAUAAAUAUUCUCUCUCCCCUAGAUAUGGUGUUAAUAUAUGGGUUGAUGUUUGGGAUAGGGUGGAAAAGGUGUAUUUGAUUUAUGCUGACCAUCUGCAAGGCUUUGGACUAUAUACAGUGUAAUAAAACAAAGUAACAACUGUUGAUGGCAAACUAAAUCCAGAGACUUCAUCCAGAAUUAAGCUGUAGUCCAGAAGAUAAAGAUAGGUACUUGUUCAUUUCUGGUAACUAUCUUGAUCUUCUUGUGUGGUUCUUAAAGUUAUGCUUCUUAGAAAUAAGUCUAAGUAAUGUAAGGAAUCUUUGCUUCAUGAAUAGCUGUGUGUGUAAUCAUGAGAGGAACUCCCUUAGGAAAUAAGGAGAAGAAAUUUUCGAUGCAAAGUCAAGAGGGCAUCUGGCACUGCACAAGAGGGGCUAAUAUAACAAAGCAGUAUGCCCCCUUUAGUCCUGAAGUGUAGUAUGAUUUUCUCUGCUUGGUGCUAUCCAACUCUAAGCCCUGGUGUGCACUCCAGCCAGUAGGAGGAAGGAUCUUUUAAUCUGCAAACUGGUUAAGGGGCUGGGCUGGGAGGUACCACCAGUUCUGUAGAGGCUGUUGUCUUUCUGCCUCCAGUGUUUCAAAAGGGAUGAUAAUAUGAAGGAAAUGAAAGAGUGAGAAUAUAGUGGCAGUUUAAACAGGAAAGAGGUGCUCUUUCCUGUUGCCAUUGAAAAGGGUGGGGGGACAAGAGUUGCUCUUCUUGCCACCCCUCCAUCCCUUUUCAGCCCUAGAAAUGAAUAAUGGGAUUCACCUUUUCUACCCCCGAUAUAAGGCAAAU